UGGCUGGGCUGGUGGGCUGCAAGGUCCAAGAGGGCUUGAUUCUUAUGUCAAUGUCGGCCCCUAGGUGCUUCUCUGUGAGGGAGCACUCUCCCUCCCUCCUUCCCUCCCUCUCUCUCUCUCUCGCCCCCUUACCCCCAUCUCUCCCUCUCUCCAGCUUUUCUCUCAUCUUUCAGGAGUCUAGCCCAGUAUUCAUUAUAGCAGGUGGGAUUUCUCAGACAAAGGAAUGAAAGCUGCCAGAUCUCUUAAGGCCUGAGCUUGAAAGUCCCAGAAUGUCACUUUCACUACAUUCUGUCAUCGAUGCAAGUCAUUAGGCUAGCCCAGAUUCAAGGUGCAGAGGAAUAGACUCCAUUUCUUCAUGUGAGGAGAGGUAUGUGUAUACAGGGAAGGGAAGAAUUAAUGGUGGCCAACUUUGAAAACCACCAUAACCUCCCAGUUAUAGUGUGUAGUUUUUUUGACCUUCCUUUGUCAUAAUUAAAUUAAAUGGGAUAACACACAAAAGGUGCAUAACCCAGUGGCCUUGCAUCUAGCAGGUGUUCAACAAGUGUUAAUAAUUAGUUGUUUUCAUCAUUAUUGUGUGUUGUUGAGGGUUGAGAAUGUUUCAGUAAAUAGCAUCUUUCUUCCCCUCCCACAUUCUGAACUAACUGGAAACUAGUUGUUGAAAAAAGACCAAGAGUUUACAGAUAGGAGAUCAUAAAUAAUCACCAUUUUUUUCCUGAUAAAGGAAAUAAUGGAGAAUGUUUUUAUGGUUCCUAACACCAAACAGCAGAAUUAGACAUUCUCCCAUCCAGUCACUGGCAAAGGUCGGCCCCCAGAAACCCUCCAUCCUAUGGCCUGCCCCAUGAACACGAGCCUGGAGGAGAGAGCAAACCCAUGCUCCCUGGGCAGGUCAGUUCCUAGGGGCAGGUGGGCCAAGCUUGCCUGGCUCAUUACUCCCAGGUUUUCCAGGUCUGGGAAGGGUAAGUGAGGAGGUAAAGGAGUCCAGAGGGGAGCAUCUUGCAUCAUGGCCACACAUCUAAUAUGAAGAAGAGAAGACAGUGAUCUAUAAGCUAUGAAAAAUAAUGGCAGGAACCAUACGCAAAUAUCAGGAUCAGAAUACUUGGGUAAGGUAAGUGCUUAGAAUGGUCUUGGGGAAGAGUCACUUCAUCUCUCCAGACAUAAGUAGUUUUAAACCACAAUUUUUAGGUGGAUUGAUGUGCAGUAAUAGAUAACUGAAAAAUAACAUAAAAACCCAUAAACACCUUUUAAAAUGGCAAAUGAUGAAAUUCCUACAGAGUAAUAGAAAGUAAUUGGGUUCGGUAAAGAUGAAGGCUCUUUGACAAUUUGAGAAAUUGCUGAUAAUAACUGACAUGAUAAUAUGUAUUUCACUGAUACAGCAAGAAAUUAUCGACAAGUAACCAGCUUUGUACUCUAAACAUUGCAUGGAUUCAAAUCUAAGGCAACUACAGAUCUAUAACACAAGUAUUCGGACAUUAAAGGUUGUCUGUUUACAAACAUAAAACAACUGUAAUAAGCCAGUAGUUUAAAGUUCUUUUUAACUCAAAAAAAUUCUGAUUUUUGCUUUUAAUGGUCAUAUGAUUUAAAUAAAUACAAAACUCGUAGCAGUGCCUCAAAAGCAUAUGUUGGUGCUGAGUUAUCAUGCAUACAUAAUCAAUCUAGAAGGAAAUGUAGUGAUAUUAACUUAAAGAUACGUUUGUGUCACUUCUUCAAAGCGUUAGCUUCCAUUGCAAUUUUUGUUGAAACCAAACAGGACUCAUUCUGCAAAUUAAAGCAUGUUGGCUAAUGUAUAAUUAGAAAAAAGAGCUAUGUGAUAGAAAGUUAAUGAAAAGAUGAAAAACUGCAGCUUGGAUGCAAUUCAAAGGGAAUAAAACCCCCUUCUAAUGAAAUACUUCCUUGAAAUCUCAUUUUCAUUCCAAAAUAUCUCAAAGACUAUAACAUGGGCACACUCAAAGCAGAGAGCAAAGCACAGAUGUCAGAUGUCUUACUCCUGGAGUGAUUACAGAAUUCAACUCGGAAAUGAGACCACAAAAUUGAAGGCUAUCCUUCAUAAUGCUUAAUCUGAUCUGUUACAUACAGUGCCAUUCAAGGAGAUUCUUGCCACUGAAUGUAUUUCCUUCAGAUUUUAUUCUUAGCAUCAGCUACAAUAUUUAUUAUUAAUAGAUACCCAUUGUGUAUGACCAAACUCCUAAAUGGGUGGUGUGGAGAGUUACAAAGGAAGUAAGAGAAACAUACUGCUGUUUUUAUUCUUUAGACUCAUUCAUCUAGGAAACAGUACAAAAACAACUAUCAAAAAGUACAAAUACUGCAGUUGUGAAGGGGAUAUUUGCAUGCAAAGGUCAAUUGGAAUAAUUGGAAUCAACUUGUUGUAUCUGAUAGCCCACUUAAGCAUGAGCUAUUCAAAUUUGGCCAAAAGGGAGAGACUUCAGAUCUGAAAAAUGAUCUGCCUACUGUAGAGGUGUGACCAGUGGGGAGCUGGUCCAGCUGUAGGUUGAAGGGAACAAGUCCAGAUCCAAGAGAGGGCACAGUUUUUGAAGAGAAAGCAUUUGAUACCAGAGAGCCUGAUAAUGUCUAAAGGUUCCCCAGCAAGUGAGCAGAGCAUAUGCUGAAAUUUUAGUUUGCUUUAGAGUCAGAAGAGUAGCUCUAGAGUUUACUUAGAUUAUACUUGGGGGACUUUGCACAGGUGCAGAGCUUGAUGGUCUUGAGCACAUGACUCCCAUGCUGAGGAGUGCACGUGUGGAGGAGUUAUCCACGAAGUCAUGGGGGAUGAGAACAUUCACAAAUUAGGGAACCUCGGGCUUGAAGAACCCAAGUGAACCGGAAAUGCCGUAGGUGUCAGGGCUUUGCGACGCUCGGAGUUUCGGCCUCCUCCCGCGGGGGCGGGCCUGCGGCCGCGGCCGAUGCGAUGCGGAAGUGGCGCCGCACCAGUUGCUGGGCCCGGCUUUUAAAAAUUGGCCAUUUCCACUUUCCGUGCUUUGAAACACUUUUCUCAGAACCCAGCCGCCCCAGGGAGAGCCCCCGAGGAGAGAGGGGCAACAGCCGGCAGGGCUUUUCCAGCCUGGAGGGUGGGCCUUCCCGCCGGCUCGCGAGGACUCGGGAGUCCAGGGGAAGGCGCUGUUGUUUUCAGCCACUGACUUGGGUUUGGUGUGCAGAAAUUGAUAAAUGAGAUUAGCAAGACACGGGAGCAGAAAGACAGGCACUAAGAGAAAAUGUGUACCCUAAACUGAGAGAAUUCUGCAGAGAAAACUAUGGAUUGGAAUUUCAGGUUAUCGAUCUGUACUGGGGAAUUGAAGAAGAUGACUGGGACAACCCAGAGCUCCAGAAGACCCGCAUGAAGCUGCUGGAGGAUUGCUUGAAAACUUCUGCAGGUCCAUGUUUUGUUGGACUGUUAGGUGAAAAAUAUGGGAACAUCCGAAUCCCUGGAGAAGUCGAAGCCUCGGAGUUCGAGAUGAUUUUGGACGCUGCCAUAGAGGCGAAGCUGGAGACCAAGCUGCUGGAGGAGUGGUACUGCCGGGACGAGAACUCCGUGCCGGCCGCGUAUUACCUCAGGCCCAAGUCGGACAUGCUGAGACGCAACAAGGACGCGAUGCAGCCUUCUGCCAAUGCUGAAAACGAGAAGACAUGGCAAGAGAUAUCAGAUGAGAUCAAGAAGAUAUUUAAGGCUGCUGUAAAACUAUUGCAUGAAAAGGGUAAAAUGAAAUACAGCCAAGCUAAGAGAUACCUGUUCUCAGCAUUAGAGGAUGAGUUUGACUUUGCUCUAGGAAAGCAAACACCAGCAUUCCUAAAGAAGUGUGUUUGCUACAUUAGGAAAAUUGCUAACAUUGAGCGCUUCGUGAAAAUUCCAGAGAUGGGGAAAUACAUGGAUAUAACUGGAACAGAGCCAAGGAUUAUGCGGGACCCAGAAGCCCAAGAGAAGCUGAUAAAACUCAGGGAUGAAUUUAUUCCUACUAUCGUUGCAUCAUCUAAUCUGAGAGUGUACACGUCUGUUACUCAUUGUGACAUGAAGCUAGGCUAUUCCCAAGAAAUAGAAAAUCACUACAUUGAAGGACUUGGUAAACAAUUUUAUGAGGAUAUGAUUGAUAUAAUCCAGGCAACAGUGCAACAGAAUUUUGACACUGAAACUGAUACACUCUAUGAUGAAAUCCUUCAACAUUCGUCAUUAUGUAAAACAUACGCCUCCUUCUACGAGUACAAAUGUGAAUCUCUAAACAUAGUGCAUAACUACAUUCUUCCAAGCAAAACUGGGCACAUCAACCCUCUUAUUGUAUAUGGCGGACCAUGCACUGGGAAGACGCUUCUGCUAGCAGAAGUAGCAAAGAAGGCUUAUGGCUGGCUACAAGAAGACACAGGACCAGAAUCUGACCCAGUAGUAGUCGUGAGAUUUCUAGGAACAACAGACAUGAGUACUGACCUUAGGACUCUCCUUCUAAGUGUUUGUGAACAAUUGGCGAUUAACUAUCGCUGUCUAGUUCAAAGCUACCCUAAGAAGAUUCAUGACCUCUGUGAUUUAUUUAUAAACCUUUUGAAUGAGUCUUCAAUGCAGAGACCUCUGGUCAUAAUAUUUGAUGCACUAGAGCAGCUCUCAGAGAAUGACGACGCCAGGAAGCUUUGGUGGCUCCCAGCUCACCUUCCCCGCUUUGUACGGAUAGUUCUGUCCACACUGCCCAACAAACAUGGGAUCCUGCAGAAACUCAGGUGCCUUAUCCAUGAGGAAGACAACUACAUUGAGCUGAUUCCCCGGGACAGGAAGAUGUGCAGCCAGGUCCUCAAACACCAGCUGCUGCGAGUCAAAAGAAAAGUCACUUCAGGCCAGCAGAUUUACGUGAACAAUGCCUUCUCCAAGUGCACACUGCCAAUGUUCGUGAACCUGACCUUCCGGGAGGUGAGACAUUGGAGAUCUCACAAAGACGUCGAUGAAUCCUCCCUCUGCGUCACUGUUCAUGAAAGCAUAGAGCAGUUGUUCUGGUCCUUGGAGAAGAAGUGUGGUCAGAAACUGGUCUCCAGGUCUCUUGGUUACAUCACCAUGGCCAAAAUGGGUUUGAGUGAAAUGGAACUGGAGGAUGUGUUAGCCCUGGACAACAGCGUCAUGAGCGAGCUCAAUGAGAACACCAGGCCCACCAAUCCCCUGAGAGUGCCGUAUUUGUACAUCGCCAGGCUCAAGGAGGGGCUCAGUGGAUACUUAAUAGAAAGACAUGUGAAGAACGUCACACUCCUGGUCUGGGCCAACAGACACCUGCAGCUCAUAGCCCAAAAGCUGUAUCUGCAGGACGACAGUGGUCUGCGUGAAAUGCACACCAUCCUGGCGGAUUAUUUUCUGGGGGUCUGGUCAGGGGGCAGGAGGAAAGCUUUCUGCCUUGAAGACGCCUACUUGAACGGCUGCCUUGACGUGGAGAGCAGAAGCCUGCUUGAGGAAGAAAAGCACUUCAUGGAGCAGGCUUCCUUCGACAGGCAGGCCCCGGACCAGCCCUGGGUGUUCCAGUGCAAUCCACUGGAGCCCGACAUCUUUUUCGUCAAUCAUCGGAAAAUGUGUGAGCUUUUGCACCACCUGACGAGGUGUGGAAAAACCGAUGACCUGCUCUAUGGCAUCAUCAUGAACUUCAGCUGGCUUUAUACCAUGAUCAAAAUUGGCCAGUUUGACAAAGUGCUCUCAGACAUCGAGCUGGCUUACAACUACUCGCAAGAGAAAGAGCUGAAGUUCCUGGCCAGCACCCUCCGAGGCAUCAAAAACAAGGUCAUCGCCUUUCCUGGCUCCCUUUCGGCAGAGCUGCAGCAAAGACUGCUGCCUGUCAUAAGUUCCCUCCCCAAACUUAGACACCUUCUUUUAGAAUGUGACAAAGAUGGGCCGAAAUAUUGCUCCAUUGUGCCGUUGCAUUCGUCCAUGGAUGUGACAUACAGCCCUGAGCGUCUUCCCCUGUCGUCCAGUCACCUGCAUGUCACGGAGAUUCUGCCCACCUGUAACCCCAGUACUGUCCUCACAGCUUUAGAAAACGGUUCCAUCAGCACGUGGGACGUGGAGACUCGCCAGCUGCUCAGGCAAAUCACCACAGCCCAGUCUGUCAUCCUGGGCAUGAAACUCACCAGUGACGAAAAGUACCUUGUGGUGGCUACAACAAAUAACACCUUGCUGAUUUAUGACAACGUCAAUUCUUGUCUCCUGUCUGAAGUGGAAAUCAAAGGGACCAAACACGGCAGCAGCUCCACCUACAUCAAUGGAUUCACUCUGUCCGUCCACCACGCCCUUGCAUGGCUCGAGGCCAGCAAAGAUGUCACUGUCAUCGAUCUGCUCUACGGAUGGCCCCUUUACCAGUUCCACUGCUGGUACGAAGUAACGUGUGUGCAGUGCUCUCUGGACGGUGCCUAUGCUUUCUGUGGACAGCACCUGAACACUACCACCGUAUUUCAUUUAGGGAGUGGAGAAAAGCUAUGUACGGUGGCGUCGGAAUUCUCAGGUGGGUUUGUGAAGUUUCUUCUUAUCUUGGACACGGCUCAAGAAAUGGUCAUGGUGGACAGUGAGGGAAGCCUUUCUGUUUGGAACACUGAGGAUAUUUCCAGACCCCAGCUGACCGAUGACUUCGACUGCCGAAGAGAAGACGGCGAGGUGGUCAGCAUUGAACUUUCGGAGGACCAGAGUGCGAUUCUGAUCUGUAAAGCUCUCAGCAUUGAGCUCUUAGAUACUGGCAUGUGGAAGGUGGCUGAAAAGUUCAGAGCCAAGCACAAUGAACGCUUUAUAUCUGCUGUGCUGUCCAAAAAUGGAGACUGCAUCAUUGCGACCAUGGAAAAUACCUCAGCUGUGUUUUUUUGGAGGCGAGACACAGGACAGUGUAUGGCGAGCUUACAGGAAAUCUCAGGUUCUAUUGUUAAAUUGGUGAAAUCUAGUCACCACAACAUGCUCCUAUCUUUAUCAACCAGUGGCGUUCUUUCCAUCUGGGACGUAGAUAUAAUCACAGCCAUGUCCAACAUAGAUAAGACUGGAAAACCCAUCCAAAGUCUGGUGUUGCCCGCUAGAGGCGAAAUCAUUUACUCCCUGGACGGCUCCGACUGUGUUCAUAAGUGGAACUUCAGUAGCGGGUUCAUUGAAGCGGUAUUUAAGCACGAAGGAAUAGUUGAGCACUGUGUGUUAACAUCCACUGGGGACAUAAUGGUGACAUCAGAUGACAAAAGCAGCCAGUAUGUCUGGCACACCAGCAGCGGUGAAAACCUCUUUAGAAUCAAUGGGCAGAGAAUAUCCCAGCUGCUGAUUACACACAACGACCAGUUUGUGGUCUCUCUCUGCGAGGAAAACGCCUCCAGGGUUUGGAGACUCGCCACAGGCCACAGGGUCUGCAACAUCCUGACCACUUUGCAGAAUGCCUUUAUUACCUCUGCAAACACCUUCGUGGUGGGCAUGACUAAAAGCAAAGUGUUGGCGGUUAGUCUUUGGACAGGAAGUAUCACCAAGAAAUUUUGCUGUGAAGAUGGGACCACGAUUGUGAGUUUUAAAUUAAUCCCUGACUGUCCUGACAUCGUCGUGUUUAUCACGUCGGCCGAGACUGUGAACCUCUGGAGUCUGACAGAUGAAGUGAUCUGUCGACGUGUGCAACUUCCAAACAACUUCCUGAAAAACCUGGAGGAUUUUGAAAUUUCUCCCAAUGGAAAGCUAGGCAUCAUAUCCAGGGGAGAUGAAAAUAUCAACGUGCUGGAUUUACACAGCGGUAAAUUACGGGUGGUUCACGCCUCCGGGAUCAUCUGGCGGCAGAGGCUGUCUCGAGAUGGUCGCUACCUGGUCUACAUUUGUUUCCGAAACGGGGAGGAGGAGGAUGAAAACGGUGCAAUAUCCAGUUUAAUUGUAAUGAGACUCGCAGAUGGCAAAAAUAUCGGUGCUUGUUCCCUUUACAAAACACCAACUUUUCUUGCACUCUCUCAGAGGCACCUGAACAUCAUUGUGGGCUUUGAUGACGGGAGUAUAGGAAUAUACACAGUAGUAGACCGCGUAGAUGCUGCACUGAAAAUUAAAAUCGCCACUUCAAAUAGCAGACAAAUUUUCAACAAUGCAACGCAGACAUCCAGGCCAAAGUCCAACAGUUAUUGUUUUAAAGUGUCUGUGGAUUGCUUGUGGAGAGAGUCCACGGAGGUCUUUGCUAGAGACAGCCCCAUCACAGUGAGCGACUCGACCGAGCCCAGUGAAGCAACUCCGUCCAAGAAAUACAACUCUUGCUAUGACCGAGUGUGCUCUGCCCUAGAGCCCAGGGGCCACAGCUGCACCCCUGACAACUGACAAACUGUUUGUCCUGCUCAGAGGAAAUACACGAUCCACGUGCAGAAGGAGAAAAGAAUAUGUCCCAAAUGAUAAACUAUUCAUUUCUUAAAAGACAGGAAAGAUGCUGGAAUUCCACUGUUUUAUUAAGAUGCUCAUGAAACAUACAGAAAUGUGAGAUUGACUUUAGGUGAUUUUUUUUCUUUUUUUCUUUUUUCUUUUCUUUUCUUUUCUUUUUUUUUUUUUUUUUUUUUUUUGUCAAAGUGUAUCCAGGACUGAAGGAAUGAUAGAAUUUUUAUAAGUAGUAUUUAAAUGCCUACUUCACCUAGAAGAGAGAGCAUAAAAGUUUUUAAAUUAACACUGUGGUAAGCAGCAGCAUAAUUCAUCCCAUUUGGUUCAGAUGAGAGAGGCUAGAGUUAUACGCAGACCACUGGGACUGGAAUUAGUUAUACAAAAUCUGUCAAAAUUAUGAAGACAAUAAGCUUUUGACUUCAAAUGAUUGUGUGAUGAGUAAACAUAGCCUUAAUCUCUCUUUCCAUGUUCCAGUCCUGACAACUGUGUAACUAGUCUGCAUACAAAAGGUCUAAAGGUGCAAAAUAAUAUAACAAAAAUGCCCAGUGUAUUCCCAGUUUCCCCAGAGACACGACGUGAAAUGUGUGACUAUGAACUAGACUGGGACAAGAACUCACCACCACGAUCACAGGGCUACUGAACAUGGCGAGUCUGUCUUUAUUAAAAUACAGUUGCAACAAUUGCAUGCAAGGGUUUCUAUACAACGGACUAUAUGGUUUUUAAACUAUUCAUUUCCUGGGCUGCAAAAGAACACAUUUAAUAAGAAGCCACAAUCUUUUCACAUCUUUUUGAAAUGUAUAUUUGUGCCAGCUGUAAAAAGUUACAGGAAGGGCAUUACAAAUCUGGUCAAAACACUUGCUCAUUUCUAUCAUUUUACCAACAAAAGUCUGUACUACUCAGUCAGUUGUAUGGAAGCAUAAAUUAUUUUCUAAAUCCCUGCAGGCAAUCUUAAUAGAAAGCAAGCUUUCUCAUCACGCCCUCUCUGAGAUACUGAUGACAUUUGCCUUACUCUCGUUCCUCCUCUUUCCUGUGUGCAACGCAGAUAGAUGACCAAAUACUCUGGGACAAAGUGAAUAUGCCUGUCUUAUGUGCUAAAAUAUUCCAUAAAUCUUAAGGGUGUCCAAAGGUUCUUUAUUGUCCCUGUUUGUAAGACCUUUCUUACUUCUGCACACUGUAUGUAUGCUUCUUUAUCUGUUACUCCCUGAUUGAGGACUCCUCUGAGCCUUUUAUAGUCUUACCCAUUUCAGAGCAGAAGCUGUGAAAUGGUAUUAAAUAUUUUUUAAAAACUACUUCACCUAUUUAAAAGAAAACAUUACAUCUCGAAAGGUGAAAGUGAUUGUUCUUUCUUCUAUAUCUUCCACAUGGCAUGUCCUUGGACAAAACUUCUCAGAGGGUGUCAGGGUGAUAGUUUGGUUUUCUUUGAAAGUGGCAGUUACCGACUUUCGUAGUCAGGAUGACGAACCAGGAACUGACUUGCGUUCAGCCCAGCUCUGCCAUGAACGCAUUGUGUGUCCCUAGACAGAUCUUUGGACCUCACCAGUGUACUGUUCUUGUAAAUUUCAGAAUAAAGGUAGUGAUAACUUCUGCUGUACCCCCCCUAGGGAAGUUGGGGAGCAACGUGAGGAAAAAUACUGUGGCAUCUUGAUUAUUGAUGCUAAUGGGAAAAAUAAAGUGAUCUAACCCAUAGAGAAUCCCAGUUCAUUGUAUUUCACUUUGGAAAGCAGUUUAACAUAUAAGCCUUCAAAGAUGUGAUUCAGUUAUAAAUACCCCACUCCAUGGUGUAAAACUUUUUGCAGUAUGGCUCCUCCUGGUUUAGCUACCAGCCAGGGAGGCGGUAGCCCAGAGAAGGUUACCCACGUACAGAGCACAUGGAGUUGUUUGUGUGAGUCAGUGCUUUUGAGCUCUUUAGACAACACGUUCUUGUUCCUUUCAUUAUCAGUUGGAACUCCAUACCACACACUUCUAAGAAUUAAAUGCCUAGAUGGAUUAAAUGUAGUAUGUGACUGUUCUGUAUAAAAGCCAACACAGUAUAAGUGACUUGAAUGAUUUUUCCUAACUUGUUUGCAACUGAUAGCUCAUAUUGAAUGUUUUUAUGUAAACUUUGUAUUGUUGGGAAGAAUUACCCAAUCAGAGAUUUAUAUUUUCAUAAAUGUUACAUUUAGUUAAAUUUUGUUACAGAGUUGUUACACUAGAAAAUUAUUUCAGUCUUCAAACAAUAUACAGUCUUGUGUAUGUAUUGUUUGUAUGAAUAAAAGAUAAGCCACUUAGA